AUAAAUCUUAAUCUAGAUAUAGUGUAACACUGCGUUAUGCACGGCUGCAUAAUAAAAGAUUAUUGACUUUAGAGCUAAUAUGUUUGAUUUUUUAUAUUUAACUUGAAAUAACUACAAAUAUCGUUAUAAUUAAAAGAAUUAAUUUUAAUAUUUCUAUAAAUAUGACUACUUCCAAAGAAUUAAGUUUAGCCAGAAAAAAUCUUGCAGCUUCGUUAGGUGAUAAUGCAAAAAUAUAUUUUGAGAAAAUGAAACUUUGGUUUCAAAUGAAGACAACAAAAGAAGAAUUUGAUUGUGAAGCACGUAACAUCAUGACAGAAGAUCAAGUUCAUUUGCACAAUGAAUUUUUACUUUGUUUAUUCAACAAAGUCAGAGGGUUGGCUGUAGCUAUACCAAAUCGUAAAACAGAUAAAGAUAAGAUUGUUAAAGAAAAAAGGCUUAGGUUAAAACGUAAAUAUAAAACUGAUAAAUCAAAUUUCGAGCCAGCAGAUAUUUAUGCAGAGGUACUAAAUCAAACAUCAUCACCAGUUGGGGAUGAACCUAUAGGAGCAAAUAGAUCUAGUGCUCAAGAACUUGUGUUACCAGAUCGAACAUUUGUACUAGCUAGACUCAUGCUUGCUGCAUGGGAAAAUAACAUGGAUGGUGCAGAAGAAAAUACUGCCCAUAUUGUUAUUGCUGCUACUCAGAUCUUUGUGAAGAAUAUACUUACUGCAAUUCUAACAAAUAGAAAGGAAUUUAGUAUAAAAGAAGGAUCAUUUAUUCAUGGUAUAGGAAACCCUGUACCUAGUUCAUGGAAACGAAAUACAGCUUAUAUAAUCCGGUCUUGUGAUUACAGUCCUACAGAAAUAAUAGAUCCUUAUGGACAAGUUCCAUCUACAAGGCAGAAUUUUGAAGAAGCUGAACAAGCAACUGCUUUUUCGUUUGCAUGCUCCUUACAAACUACACCUGCCUCUUUAAGACCCGUUAGUAUAGCUGAUCUACAACGCACAUUAAAGAUCCAUAAAAAUCUCAUCAGUAACCAUACAAUUUAUGCUACAAAUAUGGAACGCUUGCACACCUAUGCAACACAUCCAACAUGGGAAGAUUUAGAAGCUAGGAAUUUAUUAAAACAAAAAUGUAGAACUUAAAAUAAUAAACAACAUUUCAUUAUA